AUAUAAGCCCAUAGAACUGUCCAGGGUGCUGAAAGAGCAGACGCAGUGCCAAAACCGUCCGGUGAAUCCAGAGCGAAAGUUCUGUUCAACACAGUAAUUCACGGAGGCUCAGAGGAGAUGAUCUGGGCAAAUUAUCUUCAAAGGACUGCAUUACUUAUAUCUAUUAGCCUUCUAAACGUAUGUUACCUCCAUGCUGCUCCACUGGGGGAAGAAAAGCACCCAAGUGCACACUCGGAAGAACAGCAGCACAAGGAAAACGCUCAGACUACCCACCAUGAACACAACCAAGAGCAUGUGCUAGAAAAUAAAAAUCAAAGUGAGAAAGAUAAGAAUCAACAGGCAAGAUCUGUGUCCAGUAGUUUCUACAUAAAUGAUAUGAGGAGCAAAGAGCAGGAGCAGAAGGAAGAUGACGACCUAUUCAAAGAUAUUGACCCCAAAACAUUAGCUGCAGUUCUUCUGCAAGCUCUAAAUAGUGAUCAAGAUCAAGACCAAUCUAACCUUGCAUCUGAUAAACGAAGUAAUAUGGACCUUUUCCAAAAAUAUGGCCAGAACCUUCCAGAAAUGGAACUUCAGAGUAAAGAAGAUGAGGACAAGAUUACAGAAAAUGUGAAAAGUGAAACAAGGAGCACCACAGUAAAGACACAAAAUAAUCAUGCCCCAUAUGAUGAUAACAUAAGAUGGGAAGAGAACACUGCAGGAGACAACCUUAAUUCACAAGACCUCCAGAACCUUAAGUCUAUGUUGCAAGAGCUACAGAAAUACAGUGCUGCAACUAAGAGAGAAAGAUCAAACACUGUUAUUGGCCCAGUAGAGAAACAUACCACUAAUAGCAACAGAGACUAUGAAUUCAAUGACAAUGACAUUCUAAAAGAACUUGAGGCCUUUGAAGACCUUGUUGGAAGAAAACAAAAGACCUCAGAUGUGAAUGAAAACAAAGACAUAAGGGGCUCGAUUUCAGAAGAGAAAGAAGAAGAGAAAAGAGUGUACUUUCCUGAAUAUGAAGAUGAAAGAGAAAUAAGAAGGCAAACAAAUUCCAAGAAAGCUGAAGAUGAAAAAAUUGCAGAUAUAGCUUCCGAUCUGUUGUUAAGGUACCUACUUAAGGAAGACAAUGAAGAUCAAGAAGACAGUAAUGAUAUAGAAGACAGAGUUAAAGAUGAAACCAAGAAAAAUACCUACAUGUUUGAUGAUGACAAUGAUAACCAACUUAAUGAUAAUGCAGCGGAGGACAAGAGGUCAAAUGAGGAGGUGGGUGGCAAUGAUGAUGACGAUGAUGAUGACAUUGACCCUCAAACCAUUGAUAAACUCAUUGAAAUCUCCAGCAAGCUACACCUGCCAGCUGAUGAUGUAAUAGAUAUUAUUAAUGAUGUCGAGAAGAAAAAGAAAGACUCCCCUGAUAAAAUAGAACCAAAACACAGGCAGUCUUCAAGGGACAGAGUGAGGGCUCCACCAGUUAGAGAAGAACCUCGUCCCAGUUACUACUAUCCCCACCACCAAAAAAUAAGAUCAAGGCAUCAUGCCAAUGGAGAACUGGCCUACAAUGAUGUGCUCGGCAAUGGCUUUGAUUAUGAUGACAUGCCUUUUUCAACACCAAGAAGAUAUCGACCUAAGCAGAACACCUUCUCCAACUACAUUCGUCCAAGGACUUUCCAGAAGCCAAGGCAGAGAUACUAUCAACCUCAUCGUCCAUUUGUGCCAAGAGAAGAUUACUAUGAUGAAACACAAGACAGUGAUGAGGAACUGGAAAACUACAUUGAAAAAGUUCUGUUGAAGCAUCCAGAAGUAUUUCAGUGAAAUAUUAUAAACUUGUUGUCAUUAAAACAAAUAAGUAACAGUGUAAGCUUAUUCAGGUGAUGCAUGCAUCAGAAAACAUUGCAGCCUUUGCCCUCUACCCCUCUCUUUUAAAAAUACCAACAUAGAUAAAGCUGUGAUUAUGCCCCCUGUCCUGUAGGGUGUGCUGUACUUUAGAAUACACUGACCCAGACAACAUGCUUAGUUGCAUUAACCAGUUUGCUUUGUUCCAUUCAUUCAGUUUAUUUGUCAUUAAAAUUAAAUGCCUGGAAAUGGAGACCACACUUCCUACUUUGCAAUGAUUAAUCUGUAUAGAAUAUGCAUUGGUUUCUGGUUCUCAGCAGCAUAAUUCUUUAUACAGUGAGUGAUUAAACAAAGUCAUGUCUUGGCAGUGUCAAUACUUUGUCAUAAUAUCAGCAUAAAAUGCAUUUCAUUGAAUCCUGAUUUGUUUGUUUAGUCUCUAAAGUCUUAAAAAAGACUAUAUUCUAGUUUAUACACUGCAUAGGCAUUAAGACACUUAUUCUGAAUGCAGAAUUAUUUGAUUACACCAUGUGUCAUAGUUAGGGAGUCUCAUUUUUUUACAGAAUGUUAUAAGUAUAAUAUUAUGAUGUAUAUUUGCCUGCACAUGUCAGUGCUACUCUAUGAUGGUGGAAGAUUUUUUUGAGCUUCUCACUUCACCACCAACUGUAGAUGUUCAUCUCUUAGAAUAUGCAAGAUAUGUAAUUGGAUACUCUUUCUUCCAUAACACAUAUAUUCACUAAAUACUUUUUCUUACAUUACAUGCCAUUACUUGUGCUAACUUUGGCUUACAGUUGUCUUAAAUCAUUUUGCACCUCCAUUAUGUUUUUUUUUUAAACAAUAUAUUAAAGUAUAUAAACACUUGUCAGUUAUUA